CGGCCCGGCCGUGGCUGAGCGGGAGAGCGGCGGCCCCGGCGGACGGAGCCCCGCGGGCACCAUGAGCGGUUCACAGAAUAAUGACAGUAAAAGACAGUUUCUUCUAGAACGGUUGCUGGAUGCAGUUAAACAGUGUCAAAUACGAUUUGGAGGAAGAAAAGAAAUUGCUUCAGACUCUGAUAGCAGAGUGACUUGUUUGUGUGCUCAGUUUGAAGCUGUGUUUCAGCACGGCCUGAGGAGGAGCCGAGGACUGGCAUUAACAGCAGCAGCAAUCAAACAGGCUGCAGGUUUCUCCAGUAAAACUGAAACAGAGCCAGUGUUUUGGUACUAUGUGAAGGAGGUUCUGAACAGACACGAGCUGCAGCGCUUUUACUCUCUGAGGGCCAUUACCUCGGAUAUUGGCAGGGGCCGGGCCUGGCUGCGCUGUGCAUUGAAUGAACAUUCCCUGGAAAGAUACGUUCAUAUGCUGCUGGCAGACAAGAAUCGACUCAGUGUCUUCUAUGAAGACUGGUCUUUUAUGAUGGAUGAAGAACGUUCCAGUAUGAUCCCUACAAUGGCAGCUGGUCUGAACUCCAUCCUUUUUGCCAUCAACAUUGAUAAUAAGGAUUUAAACGGGCAGAGCAAGUGCGCACCCACCGUGUCUGAUUUGUUAAAGGAAUCCACACAAAAUGUGACUUCGUUGUUGAAGGAAUCCACGCAGGGGGUGAGCAGCCUCCUCCGGGAGAUCACAGCUUCCUCUGCUGUCUCCAUUCUCAUCAAACCUGACCCAGACACCGACCCCCUUCCUGUCCUGCCCCGGAAUGUAAACGCUGAUUUGAGAUAUAAAAAAGAUCGAAAAAAGAAGAAGAGAGUGACCAAUAUUAUCUCAUUUGAUGAAGAGGAAGAUGAGCAAAAUUUGGGGGAUUCCACAAAGACUCUGAUUACAGGAGAAAGCUCAGAGGAGAGUGUAGACAGAUCCUCAGUCCUUGCAUUAUCCUCAUCUGAAAGCACUCUUGGAAAAAAUGUGAACGGGAAUGAAAGUAACAGUUCGUGGAAGAGCAAUUCAUUGCCUCAUUCUCUCAUGAAUGGAGAGUAUGAGUACCAGAAACUGGAUGUGAAGAGCAUUGAUGAUGAAGAUGCAGAUGAGGAUGAGCUGUAUGGAAAAACAUUAGGAAAUAAAGGCACAGAAGGUGAAACUGAAGCUUCUGAAAAGACUCAUGAAAUAGGCACUUGCAAUUCUCAGAUAUGCAGUUGGACUCCUCUGCAGGUCCUCAAUGAUGACUCAGAUGUGCUGUUCCCUGUCAGUGCUGUUGGCUCUUACUCCCAAACAGAUAACUUGGAGAAUGGAGAGGGGCAUGAACAUGUUGUUCACCCGGUAGAACUGGUUCCCAGAAGAUCUGAUCUCCCUUACAGAGUGGAAGUCAGUCCUCCAGCACAAGUGAAUACUUUAAGCAGUAUGUUGCCUUCAGCCACCGUGCCAGAAUCCAUGACAAUUAAUGAACUUCGUCAAGCUAUCGUGGCCAUGAUGAAUAGGAAGGAUGAACUGGAAGAGCAGAAUAGAUCCCUGCGAAAUCUGCUGGAUGCAGAGAUGGAGCUCUCAGCAGCACUGAGGCAGGAGAUGGACAACUGGAGAAGGAAAGUAGCAGAGCAGGAAGAGCGACAUGCCACCAAAGUCCAGGCCUUGGCACGAGAAAAUGAGGUGCUAAAAGUGCAACUUAAGAAGUAUGUAGGAGCUGUCCAGAUGCUCAGACGAGAAGGUCAAACAGUGGAAGUUCUGCCAAACAUUUGGAGCGCUGAUGGUGAAUUUACAAUUCCAGAGCAAAAACAAGUAGAGAACAACGAGGAACUCGCCAGCUCUUAUGAAAGAAAAUUGAUUGAGGUGGCUGAAAUGCAUGGGGAGCUGAUUGAAUUCAAUGAGAGGCUGCACCGUGCCCUGAUGGCUAAGGAAGCUCUCGUGUCCCAGAUGAGACAAGAACUGAUUGAUUUGAGAGGCCCAGUCCCUGGAGAUUUGAGUCAAACAUCCGAAGAUCAGAGUUUGUCAGAUUUUGAAAUAUCCAAUCGUGCUCUUAUUAAUGUUUGGAUUCCCUCAGUCUUUCUACGUGGAAAAGCUGCUAAUGCAUUCCAUGUUUAUCAGGUUUAUAUCAGGAUAAAGGAUGAUGAAUGGAAUGUUUAUCGAAGAUAUGCAGAGUUCAGAAGCUUGCAUCAUAAAUUACAGAGUAAAUACCAGCAAGUGAGGACUUUUAACUUUCCACCAAAAAAGGCCAUUGGAAACAAGGAUGCAAAGUUUGUAGAAGAGCGACGCAAGCAGCUACAAAAUUACCUAAGGAACGUAAUGAACAAAAUUAUUCAAACUGUGCCAGAAUUCACAGCCAAUCCCAAAAAAGAGACACUUAUUCAGCUGAUGCCCUUUUUUGUUGAUAUUCCACCUUCUGGAGAGCCAGUGAGCAAAGGCAGUCGCUCGAGGGUGACCACGCGCUUCCCCAAACUGUCCCGCAGCCACCAAAGGGAGCCCCGGAGCCUGGAACCCCAGAGUGGGGAUCUCUGACCCUUUUUCCUAGUUGUGAACACGGACACCACGUACUUUAAGUUGUUCUGUGAUUCCUUCCUAGCCUGUAUUUAUAAUUUAAGCUCCUGAAGAGACUACAGCUGCAUCAACUUAAAUCCUGAAAAGAGACAUUCAUUGCCAGGGGUCAUAUCCUGAUUAACUACUUUGGAAGGCAGUAAUCACUUUCUCAAAAGAAUACGAGGGCUCUUCACCAGAGCUCAGCAAACUGAUGGCAUUUUCUUUAUUUUGUAAAGCUGCACUGCACAUAUUCUCCUUUGUUCCCCUGAAGUCCUUCUUUUACAAUGAAUUCCUUGUUUGUAUUAUGUUGUCUCCCUUUUAACAUGUACAUUUUUCUGUUCCAGAGAGACAUGGGUAUCAUGUCCAGACAAUUUUUUUUUCCCUUAGAAGAACAGUUAUGAUUAUCACUACUUAAUAGGUCAGAAGGAUGUGCUUAAAAGAACCUCACUAAUUUAUUACCUUUUGUAAAUAGAAGGCCUGGGUUGUUUUGGGUUUUUUUUAUUGUAAACCUCUGACACACAAAGGUUUUUAAAAAAACUUGACAAUGUAGAUGAUGAGAAAAACGUUACAGGUGGAAAAAUAGCUUUUGUACAUUUCUAGUUAGAUAUUCUCAAUAGCUUUCAUUUGUGGGAAGUAUUCUUUAAAAUCAGAGAAUGUAAUAAUUUUUUAGUAAAAUUUCAGUCCUGCUGGAAGGCAGGUGCAAUAUUAUUAAUUUUUACAAACCACUGCAAGGAUACACAAAUUAGCAUGGUGCGAAAUAGUGCUUUCAAGUCUUGGGUUAUAUUUUGUUAUCAAUUUGUUGCUGAUGUUACAGAAUAGUCCAUCAUUAAUCUGAUUUUAUAAAAUCCUUCACAUAGUGAUACUUAAAAAUUGCCUGUAAUGAAAGUGCCUGUUACCCAUCACCUCUUAUUGAAAAGUAAUUUGUAAUGCUACUACUGUAAGAGUGACUAAAGUAUUGACAAGAAUUAUUACAAGUGAUGGAAGUCCUGACAUGGAUUAACUGGAAUCCAGUUCAGUAUCCAUUAGUUGCACUGCCGUAGGCAGUUAAUUAUGUUUUAGCUAUCUUCUUCUCUUCAUUAAGUUUAAGCAGUAUAGGUUCAAGUUUUCCAUUAAUUGUAUUCUGGUUUUCCUUUGUGUUAGAACAUCUUUCUUCUCAGAAGUUUUUUUGGAUAAUGUUACUUAAAUUGAUGUAUCUUGUCAUUGUAUUAUCCAUUCAUUAUGUUAAAUUCUCACGUCAGUAGAUACUAAAACCUUAUAUCAUUCUCCAGAAAAAAACCAA